UCUUCACAGUUUCGUUCUCAAGGUUGACAUCGAGCCACAUGUGUCGCAACCUGUCACCUCCGUUACGCGCCAUGUGUUCUUCCUUUGGGUGCCUCCUUGCGUGACUUUCCUAGUAUUAGAUGCUAAAGACACUACCGGAGAAGGGGAGUUCAAGUUGUUUAUCAGCAAAGGUUAAGGAAGCUAAUAAUGAGGACGCCAGCCUCGAGAUUGAUCCACUCAAAGCCAUCUCUCUCCGGACUACUAUAUGCAGUGGCUGCAUCUAGGAAUGGGAGAUAUCUAUCAACCGAUUCUAAUAAGGUAGAUGAACCAUUUAAAGUUGAGGAAGCGGAGACAGUAAAUGUACCUCCACCAGCAGCAGAGAAGUUGCUUGUAUUGGGUGGAAAUGGAUUUGUUGGCUCCCAUGUAUGCAAAGAAGCUCUGGACCGUGGAUUAAAAGUUGAUAGCCUUAGCAGAUCUGGUAGGUCAUCAGUACGUGAUUCUUGGGCCAACGCUGUGACCUGGCAUCAAGGAGAUCUUCUUUCACCCAAUUCAUGGAAGGAGGCAUUGAAUGGCGUUUCUGCUGUUAUUUCCUGUGUUGGUGGUUUUGGCUCGCACUCUCACAUGUAUAAGAUCAACGGAACUGCAAACAUCAAUGCAAUAAGAGCUGCUUCAGAAAAAGGUGUAAAAAGAUUUGUUUAUAUCUCUGCAGCUGACUUUGGCUUGGCUAAUUACUUACUGCAAGGAUAUUAUGAGGGAAAGAGAGCUGCUGAAACAGAGUUAUUGACCAAGUUUCCUUAUGGAGGAAUAAUUCUCAGGCCUGGGUUUAUCUAUGGGACUCGCAACGUUGGGAGCGUGAAGCUACCUCUAGGUGUAAUUGGUUCUCCUAUGGAGAUGCUUCUUCAACAUGCAAAACCACUGAAUCAGCUUCCACUGGUUGGACCCCUGUUCACUCCCCCUGUCAAUGUUAAUGCAGUGGCAAAGGUUGCAGUGAGGGCAGCAAGCGAUCCUGUUUUCCCUCCAGGCAUCAUAGACGUAUACGGAAUAUUACGAUAUACUCAGCCAAGGUCAAGAUGAGUUUUCUAGUUUGUUUUGCUCUCCUUGAUUCCACAUUAUAGAGAAAAAAGAAGCCGCAGAUGUCACAGCUUCGAGUUCUUCUUCACUGUUCAAUGGAAGUUGUUAGGAUUUUAGCUGUUAAGACUCCAUUGGGUUUAAAGAGAUUCGUUGGGAUUACAUCUCUCUGAUGAAACAAAAAUGCAAAUGCCAGAAUAAUAAGUCGAGCAUUUUGGAAAUUGCCCCAUAAUUACUGAGCACCAAAUGCAAUUUUUGCAUCAUAGUGGUGGUCUAGUCUGAAGGAAUCAAUAAUUAUUUGCUCUUUUGUCAAAACGACGUCUAGUUCACCUUGUAAUAUAUUUAUAUUCUAGAUGAAUUCUUAUAAUCCAGCUUAAUUAUUGAAGCUUCUUCGUUUUAGCAA